CUCAAUGCCUCUGUAGUCAAGUCCUGCCACUAGCUUUCAAUUUUUUUUUGUUUUCUUCUUUGUUAUCUGCGUCUCUCAUUGUUUCUCUUCUUCGAUCCCUCUUCUUCAAGAGGGAAAUUAGAGAGAGAGAGAGAGAGGGAGAGAGGGAGGGAGAAAGAGAUGGAAAGCAUAGCAGUGUGGCAAGGAGCAACGCUGUGUGGAAUCGUCGCAUGGAUUGUGAUGGCUUCAUACCUCAAUGUGACUCGCAAGCUUAGAUCUUUCCUGCAACCAUGGGUGGCUCACCGUGUCAUCACUGGGAACCCUCUUCUCCUCCAGAUCCAGAAAUACCAGCAUAGGUUUCUGGAUGCUCUGUUCUCUGGGUUGUCUUGCGUUGUAUCUGUGCCCUUUUACACUGCCUUUCUUCCUCUGCUCUUCUGGAGUGGGCAUGGCAGAUUGGCUAGGCAAAUUACCCUUUUGAUGGCUUUUUGUGAUUAUCUUGGGAACUGUAUAAAGGACGUGGUAUCAGCACCGAGGCCCAGUUCACCACCUGUUAGGAGAAUAACUGCCACAAAGGACGAGGAAGAAAAUGCAUUGGAAUAUGGAUUGCCUUCUUCUCACACUCUUAACACAGUUUGCUUAUCUGGGUACCUUUUGCAUUAUGUCUUGUCUUAUACUCAGUAUGAAGAUGCCUCCAUGAAAUUUGUUGGCCUUGCCCUUGUUUGUUUGCUUGUGGGCCUCAUUGGUUUGGGAAGAAUUUACCUCGGCAUGCACAGUUUGGUUGAUGUCAUUGGUGGCCUUUCCGUUGGACUGGUGAUCCUUUCAUUUUGGCUUACAGUUCAUCAAUAUGUUGACAUUUUUGUUGUCUCAGGACAAAAUGUUACAUCCUUUUGGGCCGCUCUAAGCUUCCUGUUGCUCUUUGCUUAUCCAACUCCUGAGCUCCCAACACCAAGUUUUGAGUACCACACUGCCUUUAAUGGUGUUGCAUUCGGAAUCGUAUCCGGGAUCCAGCAAACGUAUCAUCAGUUUCACCAUGAAGCCGUUGCACGCAUAUUUACCCCACAACUCACAAUCCCUACCUUUGUGGGAAGAAUGCUGGUUGGGAUACCCACAAUACUUCUUGUGAAGUUCUGCAGCAAGGCUCUUGCGAAAUGGAUUCUCCCUGUUGUAUCAAACACAUUGGGCAUCCCAAUUAAAUCAACCAGCUAUAUCCCAAAUCUAAAUGGAAAUGGGAAGAAAUCAGACAAGAUUAAACAGUCUGGUUAUUCCCAAAAGCUGUUCUUUUUCUCCCAACAGGAUUCAUUUGAUGUUGAUACAGGUAUCAGGUUCAUCCAAUAUGCAGGCCUUGCAUGGUCGGUGGUAGAUCUUGUUCCAUCUCUUUUCUCUCACCUGAGCUUGUAAUGCUUGGUGCUCUUGUAAAAUAUGAGUAGUAUCUUAUAGGCCAGUUUAAAGGGUAUAUGAUAUAUAUGCUUAUUUUGCAAGUCACAAUUUUUCCUAUAAUUUUUUUCAUAUUAUAAUAUGAGUUGUAUCUAA